UUUUCCUUAAAUGUGAAAGAAAAUAAAGUUUGGCUUUCUUAAGCAAGAAAAUGUAAUUGUUUAUUUAAAAUAUUUAUCUUGUGUUAUAGAAUGGAGUCAGAUUUAAUUUAAUUGCUAAAACGACUGAAUAAUAUUCAGGUGGAUUUAACGCAAUACAGUGUAUUAGGAGAGCUUAUGGAUAUUCAUACAGAAGGAUGCAUAGGAAAGAAACCUCAUGUGUGUGAAGUGUGCAAGAAAUCAUUUACUUGCAAAAGUAAAUUGAUCAGUCAUAUGCUUAUUCACACAGGUGAGAAACCUCAUGUAUGUGAAGUGUGUAAGAAAUCAUUUAGAUGGAAAAGUAGUUUAAAGAGCCAUAUGCUUAUUCACACAGGUGAGAAACUUUACGUGUGUAAAGUAUGUAAGAAAUCGUUUUCAUGGAAGAGUAGUUUAAAGAAUCACAUGAUUAUUCAUACAGGUGACAGACCUUAUAUGUGUGAAGUAUGUAAGAAAUCCUUUAUUCAAAAGCAUCAUUUAAAAGAUCAUAUGUUUAUUCACACAGGAGAGAAACCUCAUGUCUGUAAAGUGUGUAAGAAGUCAUUUAUUGAAAAAAGUAAAUUCAAAAAUCAUAUGUGUACACCUCAUGAAUGUGAAAUAUGUAAGAAGUCAUUUAUCGAAAAAAAUAAAUUGAAAAAUCAUACAUGUACUCGUGCAGUAGACAAACCUCAUAUCUGUGAGGUAUGUAAGAAGUCCUUUAAGGACAAGAGUGGUUUAUAUCAGCAUAUCCUCAUUCACACUGGAGAAAAACCAUAUGUUUGUGAAGUAUGUAACAAGUCAUUUAGGCAAAUGAGUGCUUUAUGCAGGCAUAUUUGUAUUCACACUGGGGAUAAACCUUAUGUGUGUAGGGAGUGUAAAAAGUCCUUUAUUCAGAAAAUAAAAUUAAUCAAUCAUAUGCUUUUUCACACUGGAGAGAAACCUCAUGUAUGUGAUGUAUGUAACAAAUCAUAUGUGGAAAAAAGUGACUUAAAGAGUCAUAUGCUUAUUCACACUAGAGACAAUCCUUAUGUGUGUGGAGUGUGUGAUAAGUCAUUUACUCAACAAAGUAAAUUUAACAAUCAUAUGCUUCUUCACACUGGAGAGAGACCUUAUGUGUGUGAAGUAUGUACAAAGUCAUUUAUUGAAAAAAGUAGAUUAAAAAUGCAUAUGUUUACUCACACAGGAGAUAAACCUCAUGUGUGUGAAGUGUGUAAGAAGUCAUUUAUUGAAAAAGGUAAAUUAAAUGUUCAUAUGCUUAUUCACACAGGAGAAAAACCUCAUGUGUGUGAUGUAUGUAAAAAGUCGUUCACUCAAAGGGGCCAUUUAAGUACCCAUAUGCGUAUUCAUACAGGAGAGAAGACUCAUGUGUGUGAAGAAUGUAAGAAGUCGUUUAGUCGAAAGACUUAUUUAAAGAGGCAUAUGCAUAUUCACACAGCGAAAAAACCUUCUGUCUAAGGUAUAUAAAAAAAUGAUUUACACUAAAAGGGAUUUUAAUAUGCAUAUCCGUAUAGGAGAGAAAUGUAAUGAGUUGUGUAUGUAAGAAGUUAUUUGGACAAUACAAGUUUUAUUUACACAAAUGAGAAACCUUGUUUUUUCAGGAGAUACUAAAUUUGUAACAAUCUCUACUUACUGAUACAGUAAGGACUUGUAUAUGCAGCAAAACCUCAUUAUGUGAGGUCAAGACAGGGUCAAAUGCUCCAAAUGACUGAAUUUAGAGAGAUACUCAGUGUUAGGAUUUCUGGAGGUGUUGCCAGGUGACAUGCAACCUACUGGUGAUGCUGUAUGAGGAUGAAGGUUGUAUUAUCUUUGGUACGAGAGCCAUUACAGAACUGCAACACUUUCCAAGAAAGAAUUCAAGAAUGGAUUACAGUAUACAGCUUAUACUAAAAUAUAGUAUUCCAAGUGUUAUCCAUAAAUUUAGGCAGAUGUGACGAAAGCGUGAAGCCGGAAGUUCU